AUGUGUGUCGUUGUGGUCACCAGUCGCCUGGCGGAGAGCACGCCCGACCUGGUGCUGGACCUGCCCGCCAGGAGCGACCCCGCGCUCGCCGCCGACACGUUCGCGCACAACCGGGACACGCUGAGGAAGAGGACGCCCGCCGCGCAACACAGACAAACUAGUUCAGAGGGUGCGGCCGAGGCGAGGGUGACGGAGAGUGAGGAGGGUGCCUACCCCGGCGCGGGGGGGAGUCCCGUGCCCGCGAGGAACACGCUCCGAGUGGCCGCCAAGUUCGCGGAGCUCACGUUGACCGGAGGGUCACUGAAGCCGGCGCUGGCCGCUAAGCCGGCGCUGCUGAGGCGGCCGGUCCCGCACCCCCCGCACGCCGCCGCCCCGCACCCCGCGCCGCCGCCCCGCGCGCCCCCCGCCGCCGCCCCGCCCGCCGCGACCGAUGACCCGGCUGCUGCGAUGUGA